UGUCCCUAGUCUCUCGCGCCACUCAGUUGCCAAGGAAAAUGAAAACAACGUUCGACUUCAUAGACUUAUAGAAAAUAACGAUUUCUAACUUUUCAAUACCAAACUCUUCGAGGAAUUUCUUCUAGAAAUGGCAAGAAGGGUUCCAUGGAGAAGGAAUUGCCCCGAUGUUGUAAGCUAUCGCAUCGAACAAGCAAAUCAAGCGAGGAUUUACCUGCUCCGUGAGACCGGACCGACUGGGUUCUUGUUGAAGCAGGAUGGGAUAGACAAAAAAUUCAAAGUUUUUCUUGGAGAUUUGCACUCCUGCACUUGUAGCACGUUCAUGAAGGAGAAAGAAUUGUGCAUUCACAUUCUCUGGGUUUUGCUGAAGAAAUUUAGGGUACCCAAAGAGAAUGAAGUGGUUUUCCAGUUGUCCUUAGUUGAGAGGGAAAUUAAUGAGGUUAUGAGAGGGGCAUAUGUUCCAGCCCAGAGAGCAGCAGAACCCAAAUCUGAAAACACACACACAGACAACCGUGAUAAAAUGAAACAAAAAGAAAUAUCAGAGGAAGAUGUUUGCCCUAUUUGCCAAGAUGAGCUGCUGGACAAGUGUGAGCCUCUGACUUAUUGCAAGUACGGCUGUGGUAACAGUGUCCAUAUAAAGUGUAUGAAAGUUUGGGCAGAGCACCAGAGGUCAACUGGAGAAAAAAUCACCAAGUGUCCACUUUGCAGAGUUGAUUUUGGGACCUUUCAGGAACUGAUGGACGAGUUUAACAAGUCAUCCAGGAAAAAUACACGAUCUGAGAGGCAUGAUGUUCACUUGGGGGCGUCUUGUAAUAAGUGCAGAGUUUGCCCGAUUACUGGAAAAUGCUAUAGGUGUGUGAUCUGCUCAGAUUAUCACCUGUGUCACCCGUGCUUUUUAACAGACCAUCACAUGCAGCACUCAUUCCAAUUUAGACAAAAUGCAAGUCAGCGCUGGAGACCCGCAUCCAGAAUUACUCCACUCCCAAGCGCAGUGAUAGAGAGCCUUCAAACACGCGAAAUAACAGACAAUGACUACGACCUGUUGUUACAGCUUGAUAGACCCUUGGCAGAGCAAGAGGGCGUGUCAGGUCACAUGAUCAGUCGGCUCCCUGUGGACGUACUAAGAGAAGGUCAUCCUCUCCUCGCAAGAGGUUCUACCUGUGGUGUCUGCCUGAGCGCCUACCACCCUUUGCAGUACGUCCGUAAAUUGCAGUGCCGGCACGUCUUUCAUCGUGAUUGCAUAGACUCCUGGCUCGCUACACAGUCGAUCUGCCCCGUGGAUGGACAAACAGUGGGUGUGUCGUACAUGGGCGUGGCUCACACAGAGGUAGCACCCCCUGUUAUCAACAGUGCAGUUCAGGGUGCUGCUAGAGGCCGACUUCUCAAUCGGAGGCGUGAGACAAGGAAACAACUCGACCCUGGGAACACACCUGUCACGCUACCUAGCAGCUUUGAGCUGAGUGGGUCAGGAAUUCUUGCCCGUGACAGAAGCAGGGACAGCAGUCCCAGUGAAAGUGGGCGUGGCCGAGCUCUUUUGGUUGAUUGUUCUCCUAGCAACCUUAUUGAAGCAAACAGGCUACGGAACCACGAGCCCGCGAUGCGUAACCCAUUACAAAUCAACGGGAAACCACCAUGGGCGCCAAAUACUACAAACACACGUGGGAGCCAAAGUAGUGACUCACGAAAGAGAACUCCUGCCAGAGGUGGAGCACAGCAAAAACGAAAAACGUUGAGCCGUGACCAUCGAAACAAUUCUGUCGAUGACAUUUUUCUGUCUGCAACUGGACGAGCAGUAUCCAUAGAGAACUUGUCCCGCGACACUCUAGCUAGCUCCUCAACCGUCAAGCCCAAAGGACAUUUGAUUAAAGGGAAACUAGCGUGCAAAGUGUCUGAUUACUCUCACUCAGACUCUGAACUGUCGACUGGCUCUGGUUUAGUAGCACUCGCGAUACAGAUGCCAGCCGUGGACAGAUAGCAAAGUAUGGGAGAAUCUGGGAAAGGAUAGAGGCAACACAAGUGGUAGACAAAGGGGAAGAUCUACCAGUUGUGAAGGAAGAGUUGGUACGAGUGCGGUAGGGAAGGCAGAAGUUGUCUUUUAGGGUUAGAGUUUGCAUGAAACUUUUUCACUGCAGCACUAAACUCACAUUUUCACAAAUCACUUAAUGUGAAGCUUAGCUGGGUUAGCCACGAGUUACUGUGUGUUGGUGCUGAGGGGAUAUAACAUCCAUGGUGUUCCAAUUGCGCUGUAGAGUGUUUUACAAUUAAAAAAAGAAUAAACCAGG